AUGGCCGCCGCUGGUCGAGCUGAGGCCCAGCCGUACGAGGAAUCUGUACGUUUCGCUUUGCAUCGCGACCGACGGCCGCGCCGUAAAGGAUGGAAAGAUCGAGAUAAUAUCGCGAGUAUCGAGGAGGGCGAGGAGGAGGAGGAGGAGGAGGAGGAGGGACGGCCGUGGCGUGGUGCUGGAGGCCCCAGGAUGUGGCAUCUGCUACUGUUCCUCGUCCUGGGAGCGACCCCCGGCCUGGGCGCGACCCCCGCCCCGGGUGCGCUGCACGAGCGCGUUAAGUACCUGGAGGUGUCCGAGAACGUGCGGCCGGGCACCCGGGUGGGUUUCAUCGACAUUGACAGCCCGCCUUAUCUGAUAGCGCCGGUACCGGGUUCGCCGGUGGAGACCGACCUGAUGAUCGAGUCGGCAACGGGGGAGAUAAGGACGCGGGUGCCUUUGGACCGCGAGACCCGACCGUCGUACAGCCUGGUGGCGUUGCCGAGAGUGCGGGUGGUUAUCACUGUGCUCGACGAGAACGAUAACGCGCCGACCUUCGCCGCGGACCACGUGUACAUCGAGUUCCCGGAGAACUCGCCCCGUGACGUGAAACGGCCUCUGCCGCCGGCCUACGAUCCCGAUCUCGGCCAGUACACGACGCAGCGCUACGAGAUCGUGUCGGGGAACGACGGCGACGCGUUCCGGUUGUCGCAGCAACGCGGCCGCGACGGCGUUCUGUACCUGGACCUUCAGAUCGCCGGCUCGCUCGAUCGGGAGAUGCGCUCCCGCUAUCAUCUGGUGAUCGAGGCGCUCGACGGCGGCAGCCCGCCGCUCCGCUCCCACUUGAACGUAAACGUCACCGUCCAGGACGUCAACGACAAUCCGCCCGUCUUCAACCAGACGCGUUACGACGCGAGCGUGCCGGAGAACGCGACUGUCGGCACGCCGGUGCUCGCGGUGAACGCGACCGACGCCGACGCCGGGGACAACGGCCGCAUCGAGUAUUCCAUCAAUCGCCGACAGUCCGAUCGCGAGGAGAUGUUCCGCAUCGAUCCGGAGACCGGGAUGGUAUACGUGAACAAGGCCCUCGACUUCGAGUCGAAGGAACGGCACGAGCUGGUGAUCGUCGCUCGGGAUCGCGGCGCCCAGCCGUUGGAAGCCAGCACCUUCCUCUCCAUCCGCGUGACCGACGUCAACGACAAUCAGCCGGACAUCACCGUCAUCUUCCUCUCGGACGACGCGACUCCGAAGAUCAGCGAGAGCGCGCAGCUCGGUGAGUUCGUCGCCCGGAUAUCCGUCAGCGAUCCCGACUCCCGGACGGAGUACUCGAACGCGACGGUCACCUUGACAGGCGGCGAGGGUCACUUUGGCCUGACUACGCGGGACAACAUCAUCUACCUCGUGGUGGUCGAGCGACCUUUGGACCGCGAGGAGCAGUCCGUCUACGAGUUAUCGGUGGAGGCGACGGACGCCGGUACGCCUCCGUUGUGCGCCGAGCGCACUUUCCGGCUGCUCGUCACCGACGUCAACGAUAACGCGCCGAAAUUCGAGCACGAGAGGUACGAGGCACAUCUCCUGGAGGCGUCCGAGCCCGGGACGUCGGUGAUACAGGUGUUCGCGACCGAUCUCGACGAGGGCGUCAACUCGGCGGUUCGUUACUCCUUGGCGAACGCAACGUGGUUCGCGAUCGACGAGACCACCGGACUUAUCACCACGGUCACGCACGUCGACUGCGAGGCGAACCCGGCACCGAUCCUGGUGGUGUACGCGACCGACUCCGGACGACCGCCUCUCAGCAGCAGCGCGACCGUGCGAGUCACCGUCCACGAUCUAAACGACAACGAGCCGAUCUUCGAGAAGCCGCUCUACAACGCCACCGUGCCGGAGAACAUGCCCGUCGGACGCUGCUUCCUCAAGGUAGGAUUGCGAAAAUCACUCUUCUCCCCUGCUGCGCGUCACGAAAAUAUCAAGCUGAGAAGCGUACAUCCACCUCACGCAAAUCCGGUUCUACCAAAAAUCUGA